AUGUUUUUUUUUAUUAUAAGCGUUUCUCUGCAACGAAUGAUUGGAAAACUUCUUUCUUUUAUUUUCUUUCUUCCCUUCUUUCCGUCUUUCUUUCUUUCUUUCUUUCUUUCUUUCUUGCUUUCUUUCUUUCUUUCUAUACAACUAUUCCAGCUUCUUUCUUUCCUUUUUCUUUCUUUCAGUCUUUCUUUCUAUACAACUAUUCUAGUUUCUUUCUUUACAUUUUCUGUUUUUUUUCUUUCUUUCUUUCUUUCUUUCUUUCUUUCUUUCUUUCUUUCUCCUGUCUUUAUUUUUCUUUCUUUCUUUCUUUUUUCUUCUUUCUUUAUAUACAACUAUUCUAGCUUCUUUUUUUUAUUUUCUUUCUUUCCGUCUUUCAUUCUUUCCUUCCUUCUUUCUUUCUUUGUUUCCUUCCGCCUCCCUGUCUUUCUUUCUCUUUUUAAUUUUCUUUCUUUCUUUCUUUCUUUCUUUCCUUCUUUCUUUCUCCCUUCGUUCUUUCUUUUCUUUUCUUUCUUUCCUUCUUUCUUUCCUUCUUCCUUUCCUUCUUUCUUUCCUUCCUUCGUUCUUUCUUUCUUUCUUUCUUUCUUUCUUUCUUUCUUUCUCCCUUCGUUCUUUCUUUUCUUUUCUUUCUUUCUUCCCUUCUUUCUUUCCUUCUUUCCUUCUUUCUUUCUUUCCUUUCUUCUUUCUUUCUUUCUUUCUUUCCUUCCUUCGUUCUUUCUUUUCUUUCUUUCUUUUUUUCUUUCUUUCUUUCCUUCGUUCUUUCUUUUCUUUCUUUCUUCCUCCCUUCCUUCGUUCUUUCUUUUUUUCUAUACUACUAAUCUAGCUUCUUUUUUACUAUUUUCUUUCUUUCUUUUCCUUUUCUGGGACACGACACAUAAAGACGAAGGAGAAGUCUUUCUUCCCUCUCUCUCUCUCUCUCUCUCUCUCUCUCUCUCUCUCUCUCUCUCCCGUAUCGUCCAUUGCUUGUUGUCUACGCUCGAAUCAUUCGAUGCAUUUUCUCUGACUUCUUCCUCGUUAAAUAUUUUCCUUUGA